AUGGCCACAACGCUCACGCCUCUGAAUGCUUUGAAAGUGUCCAAGCACCAAAUACAAGCCUUUCAGAAGAUUCCAAACACAUCCAUCCAGAAUAAACCGCUAUUGAUAUAUCAUUCAGCCUUUCCGCAAGCCAGUGCUUCACAGAUCGAAGCUCACCUGACUGAUGUCGGCGUGGUUUCGCCGCAAUGGAGGUACACGAUGUACAGCGACACUCAUUUCCACUCCAACACCCAUGAAGUCCUAGCCAUUGCUUCAGGCUCGGCGAAAUGCUGUUUCGGUGGCGAGCAAAACGAGGGGAGAGUCGAGCCGGUGCUGAAUCGAGGCGACGUGGUCGUGGUGCCUGCCGGUGUCGGCCAUCGCUUGCUAGAAGACUAUGGCAGCUUUCAGAUGGUCGGCUCGUACCCGACGGGUAAGAAUUGGGACAUGUGUUAUGGCCGCGCUGGCGAGGAGAAAAAGGUCAAGACUAUCAGCAAGCUGGGAUGGUUCGAGCGAGAUCCUGUUUACGGCGAUGAUGGUCCUUCGCUGCAAGUCUGA